AUAAAUAGUAAUGUAGUCGUUGGUACGAUUCCUCCAAAUAUCAAGACAUUGGUAUUUGGUAAUUCUUUCAACCAACUUUUAAAGAUUGGAUAUAUACCAAACUCAGUUACUGAUCUUAGCUUUGGUUCAAAAUUUAAUAAGCCCCUAUCGCCAACUGGGGUUAUUCCCUCAUCAGUUCAAAGUCUUAGGUUUAGUGAUCGUUUUAAUCAAGAAAUCAAGCCAUUCCAAUUACCAUCGUCAAUCACCGACCUUACGUUUGGUCACGAUUUUAACAAAAGCUUAAUUCGUGGCAGCAUCCCAGAAAAUUUAGUUUCAAUAGAUUUUGGAUAUAAUUUUAGCCAAUUUAUUACGCCAGGCACCAUCCCAAAAACAACUCGUAAAAUAAAACUUUCUGAAAUGUUCAACUCUAUCAUUACUCCAGGCACUAUACCAUCAUCUGUUAAAACCCUUAUUUUUGGUAAUAGUUACAAUCAAUCUUUAUUAGUUGGGUCUAUUCCUGACUCUGUUACUGAGCUCCAUUUAGGCCGUGAUUUUAAACAAGGGUUAUCUUUUGACUGCAUUCCCCCAUCAGUUACCACAUUA